AUGGCCGACCAAUUCCUGGCCGAGCAACAUGCCUGGACCCUCGCUCAAAAUGCCCAAGUUCAGAGCGACGAUUCGUCUGACGAAGAAAACAGCUGGGUGAUGCUGGGUCAAGAUGGAAACAUCCUUCCCAUCCCCAAUGAGCGGAUCCUGCACACAUCGAGGUCUCGAGUGGGGCUGGACCUCUCGACGCCCCGGGAGCUCCAGGCUGCGGCAGAGCCCUUCUCCAUCCGAAGCGAUAAUGGCAUCGCAUACGUAACAAGCAAGAGGGUCAUCUAUCUGCCCGGUAGACCGACUGAGCAGUUCAGGUCCUUUUUCGCACCUAUCCUCAACUUUGAUGACACACAUGUUCACUCGUCUUGGAUUGGCCCUUGGAGCUGGAGAGGCAUCGUCAAGCCCGUGGCGGGAGGAGGCCUCCCUCUUGAUCUUCCCCGCGUAGAGGUCAAGUUGACCUUCAAAGAUGGCGGUCACAGCGAAUUCCAGACAAAGUUCGAGCUCAUCAAGGACCGUCUUCACCAUGCGCGGGACCUAGAGCGGGAGACUGGACAGGCUAUAAACGUCACCGACGAGCCUCUACCGCCAUACGAGGCGAGCAACCCUUCCAAUAUUCCUGCCCAUCCUCUAGCUACUAUUGCCACCACCACCACUACCACCACCCAGUCUGGAGGUCCUCCGCCCACCACAACGACAGCAGGGAAUGCCUCAAAUCCCGACCAAGCUCCCCAGCCUGCUCCGGAUGAGCCCCCGCCCGACUAUGUUGAGGCUCAGACUCAAGCAAUCGGUAUCCGAUAUGAGGAGCGUAUGCGCGAGGAAGCCGAGAGACACUGA